UAUUUAUUUAUACCUGCAUUGACCUAGAAUCUCUCUCUAGAACCCCGCAGGAAAGAAAGGGAGAGAUACCAUAAUCCAUAAACCCCAUUUCGUCAUCCUCUCGCCGGCCUUUUACAGAGCUUCACCGCCGCCGACGACUCUCAUUUAUCCGGUUAAAAAAUGGCUUCAGCUUUUGCUGCCAUGUCUUCAGUCGGUUCCUUGGCUGUAAACAGUGCUCCAGUAGCAGAAAGGAAGGUUACAAGUUCAUCAAGCAAGCUUUCUUCUUUUGCAUCAAUAUCUUCAAACUCAUUUGGUAGGAAUCAAAAAAUUGUUCUCCAAAGAGCUCGUUCCCCAAGAAUAAAUGCAAUGGCAAAGGAUUUAUAUUUUAAUAAGGAUGGGUCUGCUAUUAAGAAGCUUCAAAAUGGUGUCAAUAAGCUUGCGGAUCUUGUUGGUGUUACCCUUGGUCCUAAAGGUCGAAAUGUUGUUCUUGAGAGCAAGUAUGGUUCUCCAAAAAUUGUUAAUGAUGGAGUCACCGUGGCUAAAGAGGUUGAGUUGGAAGAUCCAGUAGAGAACAUUGGUGCUAAAUUGGUUCGACAAGCAGCUGCUAAGACAAACGAUUUGGCUGGUGAUGGUACAACAACUUCUGUUGUUCUUGCUCAAGGUCUUAUUGCAGAAGGAGUCAAGGUGGUAGCGGCUGGUGCAAACCCAGUUUUAAUCACCAGAGGUAUUGAAAAGACCGCGAAAGCCUUGGUUGCUGAGCUCAAGAAAAUGUCGAAGGAGGUGGAAGACAGUGAGUUAGCAGAUGUAGCUGCAGUUAGUGCUGGUAACAAUUAUGAAGUUGGAAAUAUGAUUGCGGAGGCAAUGAGUAAGGUAGGAAGGAAGGGUGUGGUUACCCUUGAAGAAGGAAAGAGUGCUGAGAACAGCCUUUACGUCGUGGAGGGAAUGCAAUUUGAUCGCGGUUACAUCUCUCCUUACUUUGUAACUGACAGUGAAAAGAUGACUGUUGAAUAUGAAAAUUGCAAGCUUCUACUAGUUGACAAGAAAGUGACAAAUGCAAGAGAUCUUGUUAAUGUCUUGGAAGAUGCUAUUAGAGGUGGAUACCCUAUCCUGAUAAUAGCUGAAGAUAUUGAACAAGAAGCUUUGGCAACUCUAGUAGUGAACAGGCUUAGAGGGGCAUUGAAGAUCGCGGCACUAAAAGCACCUGGAUUUGGAGAAAGGAAGAGCCAGUACCUUGAUGAUAUCGCUAUCCUGACAGGAGGAACGGUUAUUAGAGAGGAGGUGGGAUUAAGUUUGGACAAAGCUGACAAAGACGUUUUGGGUCAUGCUGCAAAGGUAGUGCUUACUAAGGACACUACAACAAUAGUUGGUGAUGGAAGUACGCAAGAAGUUGUAAACAAACGGGUGGCCCAAAUUAGAAACCUGAUAGUGGCUGCUGAGCAAGAGUAUGAAAAGGAGAAACUAAACGAAAGGAUCGCGAAACUGUCUGGAGGUGUUGCUGUAAUCCAGGUGGGAGCUCAAACAGAGACGGAACUUAAAGAAAAGAAGCUGAGAGUAGAAGACGCCCUUAAUGCAACAAAGGCUGCUGUUGAAGAAGGUAUUGUUGUGGGUGGUGGGUGCACUCUUCUUAGGCUUUCAUCCAAAGUUGAUGCAAUUAGGGAAACCCUUGAUAACGAUGAAGAAAAGGUUGGAGCAGAUAUAGUGAAAAGAGCUUUGAGCUAUCCAUUGAAGUUAAUUGCGAAGAAUGCUGGUGUUAAUGGGAGCGUAGUAAGCGAGAAGGUGCUUGCUAGUGACGACUAUAGAUAUGGAUAUAAUGCUGCAACUGGAAAAUAUGAAGAUCUAAUGUCGGCUGGAAUAAUUGACCCAACCAAGGUGGUACGAUGUUGCCUGGAGCAUGCUGCUUCAGUAGCGAAGACAUUCUUGAUGUCAGAUUGUGUAGUUGUUGAAAUCAAGGAACCGGAGGCUGCCCCUGCUGGAGGAAACCCCAUGGACAAUUCAGGAUAUGGGUACUAAAGAAAAGAGGCAAUGAAAUCGGAAGUAGUGAGUUAGAGUUUAAUAUAUGUAUUAUUAGCCAGCUUCAUAGUAGUAAUCAGAAUACCCCCCUGCCCUUUCCCUGUAUUUGGAUUGCUGCAUUUUGAUAAUAAGAUGGGGAGAUGUUAUUUAACUUAAAAAUUAAAGUAAAGAACAUAAAUCUGAGAUAUCAAUGGUUA